CUUGCAUAAAUACCAGCUGCGAUGGACGAAGAUGCUCAGAACAUUUCGCGGAAUCAGCCAAGGAAGAAUUGCACAGUCUGCCCACUGUCCAACAUGAAAACGAUCGGCGUUGCCCUGUUGGCGUUGGUGGCCCUUUUUGCCCUAAUGGAGGUCACUGGAGCUCUGCCAGCACCCGAACCUAACCGACGGUUCUUCUUUGGAGGUAGUCCCUAUGGCUUCGGCGGUUACGGCUACAGACCCUUUGGAUACGGUUUCGGGUACGGCGGAUACGGCGGCAGUUUUGGAGGCUUUGGAGGUGGAUUUGGUGGAUAUAGUGGUGGUUUCUUCGGUUGAUAAACAUCUUGUCUUCCAUGAAGAUACGGGAAGUUAGAACAUCAAUGACCUCCAUGAACGAUGUUUUGUCAAAAAUCUAAUGUUGAGGCAUUCAGUUGUUCCUAUGAAAAGAUGACUUAUAUUUUUGUAAAAACCACAAUAAAAUUGUCUACCUCUUAAAAUAA